CCCCCGCUUAAUACUUCUGAAAAUUUCUCCAAAUUUUUGUGUGCGAAUUCAUCGAAUCCCGCUGAAAUAUUUUCUCCCCCCAUCUGCGGCAACCAUCAAUUACCAUCUGCAACAGAUGUUUCUGGCUACUAGAGGGGCUGGCAGAGGCCACCAACAAGUCAUGGCAAGAAGCAACCGGAGGUCCACUCGGUCUCAUAUUCUCCUUCACGCUUCAUCUUCUCCGUGCGAUUAGGUAUCCGCAUGUCGGCAUGGCUACUUACAAUUGGUACAAAUAUCUAAAAUUGAAGAACUGCUAUAAUUUCUUUUCCAUGCUCAUUCCCCAAUAGAUUGGAGUUUUGCUACUUUGAAAGCUAUACAACUUUUGGUUCUUCCGUUUGGGGAUGGAAAUACUCAUCUUUGGCUUAAGUCUUGCAUAAAAAAAAGUUAAGGUAAUGCUAUUUAUAUCUUAUUUUUUGACCAUUAAUUGUGAUAUCAAAUAAAUAUGCACUCACUAAUAAAAAACCAUUAAACUUUAAUAUAUGUGGAACGCUAGAAAACUUUGAUGUGUGUUUGUAUAUAAAAAUCAAUUAGCAUACUAAAUAAGUAUAGGAGGAUAUAAUUCUUCUCUGUGCAGUAUUAAAGGUCUCAAAAGCCAUAGACAUUUAUUUUUGUAUGACUAUGUUUUGAUUUGUAUGAACGAUAGUUAGUACGACUUACCUAUAUGUGCAGUAUUAUGUUUGGCUCAACUAGGGAGUAGCAUCUCAGAGUUUUUUGAAUUAUGUAUCUCUCUUGCAUAUGCUUUUCUUUGGUCGAUCAGAUCACAUUUCCUUUUCUGGUUAUAUUUGUGUAGAGUUAUAAAGGUCUGCUUAUCCACCGUGACCCUUUUUUGUCAAAUAAAUCAGCACAUCAUCUAUUCAUCUAUGUAUAAUACCUAUAUUAUGUUGCUGUGAAGCUUAAAUAUAGUAGUUACUGGUUACUAUAAUUAGUUUAAAAGUGGCUUGUCUUUGUAUUUGCAAGAUUGUUCCUGAUUUUAUUAAGAAACUUUUCCCUCGUGGCCUUUGGAGGUUGUUUUGUCACACUUGUACAACAAGAAGAUCACACCUUUUAAAGUUAUGUGUGCUGCUCUAUUUCAUACCUGUUUGGAUAUCUGUUAGGACUUAAGAAUCAGGUUUCCACAACACCAGAACUAUGUAGAAGUGUGGUCCGAAUCAGCAAAUUCUCUAUUAUGUAAUUGUCAAAGAAACCAACUUGAGGGGUAAAAUUGGACUGAAUUGUUUUUUCAUGAUCGUUUUUACUUUAUGUAUAAAGAGCAUUAGUUUAUGAUAUCAUGUAGCAAGAUUCAUCAUUUAUCAGUGAACAAUUCUUAGGAAACCAGCAUUAUAGACACAGUUCACUUUAUUUUUAAAUUGUUAUCCUCUAGCUAGCAUAGCAACUUGCAGACUCCAUAUACUUUAAUAUGGUUAGGGCACUCUUUCACUUUGUAUAAGCUACAUUAUAUUUUCAUUCAAUUUUGUUUCUGUUUUAUAUCAUAUAUUUUUGUUUUCGCUUUAGUACUCUCUUCUACUCUUAGUGGGAGUUUUAAGGUUUAGAUGUAGUUUAUUCAUUGUCUCCAAGACUCAAACAUCAUAUUAAGCAUCACCGAUUGGAUGGUCUGCCAUUUGCAGACACGUUGGUUUUGCCAUUGCAAGGUAAGGAAGUCCCAACUAAAGUGCAAGAGUUUCCUUCACUUUUGAAACUGCUAUGUAGGCGGAAAUCAAAUAAGUAGAGGAUAUAAUUCUUCUUUCUGCAGUAUAAGAGGUCUCAAAAGCCAUACACAUUGAUAUUUGUAUGACUAUGUUUUGAUUUGUAUGAACUGUAGUUAGUAACACUAAUUACAUAUAUGUGCAGUAUUAUACUUGAUAGAGUAUUAAUUCUAGAGAGAAGUGAGAGCUAGAGAGAGAAAGUGAGCAAUUAUAUUUCUCAAUUGGGAAAGGAACCCCCCAUAAUUAGCCCCUUGGGGUCUAUUUAUAGGUAAAAAUGUAGAUUUGGGCCCCUAGCCUUGGGCUUAGGAGGCCCAUUACAAUAAUCAUGCCUUCUCUGGGCGAAUAAAGGCCACUAAUGGGCUGAGUACAACACUUAGUACAAAAAAUAGGAAAAUACAUUCUGCCCGGACGAAGUCCGGACGAUGCGGUCCAUGGACGAUGCGGUCCAUGGACGAUGCGGUCCAUGGACGAUGCGGUCCAUGGACGAUGCGGUCCAUGGAAAUCAGGCGAUAUCUUCUCUCUUGGACGCUACGUGCCUCUGGCCGAUGCGGGUGUCCCGCUGGUGUCUUUUGGGCCAUUGAGUAUGUGGGCUAUGGGGUCCAGGCCCAUAUACUCUAUCAGGAGUCCCCCACUCUCUGAGCUGAGGUGAAGCCGAAGCGAAAGGGAGUACUUGUUCCUUUCUGGCUGGCCGUUGCGUGAGUCUAAGGCGUUUGAUGGCCGAAGAGUUCUUGCUUUGAUUUUGGAUGAAGCGGUUCCCUUGUUUGAUGUGGACGAAGCGCGUUUGGGAAUUUAUAGCCUUGAUGCUGGCCGCUGCACUCUUUGUGGAAGUGCUUCUGAAGACGAGGCGAUGCGCUUUUUCUUUUUUGUAGAUGAUGCGAUGAAUCCUGGUGGAUAAGUUGGCAUGCUUUCGUCCUCCUGUUGGGGCCGAAGAGCUCCCAUCUAUUCUUUUGGCCGUAGCGAUGACAUAUUUUCAUGAGAUGGAGAUGGUUGAUUCCAUUUAUGUAGACGAUGCGACGCACGCCUUUGAUUUGUCAUGUAGCCGAAGCGUUUGAUUUGUGGGUUCUUGCUCUGGUGAGCCGAUGCGGUCCCCCAGUGUGCGUAGCCGUUGCGCGCUCAGAUUUUGUAUUUUGGGUUUUUUCAUUUUGGGCUCUGUGGCCGAUGCGAUCCGUGGUGCUUUCGGGGUGAAUUGCUUGUCUCUUGUUUAUUGGUGAGCCGUAGCGCAUCCUGUUCGCAUUAAGGCCGUUACGUUUUCUUUCCACGUAACCGAUACAGUCCCCCAGUCCCCCACUCCUUUGGCCGAAGAGCAUCUGAGGCACAAGGGAGUAAUGAGCCGAUCCGGUACCUAUGCGUUAGUCGUGACUCCAACCCUUAGGCGAACCUGUCCAAGGUAACCCUGUGGGAGAACCCUUGGACGAAGGCCGCAAUGCCAGGGUUAUCAUCGACGAUGCGCGCACAGUGCCAGGUCUAUUUAAGGUUCCUUGGGUUGUUGUGAGGAAGUCGAGUUUAGGCCGAUGCGUCCCUUAUUUGGGAGAAUGGGCCGGUGCCUGUUUUAGAGCUUUGUAGUAAUUGGGCCGUAGUGGUACUCGGCCGAUGCCCUUCUUUUUGUAAGGAUGAGUUGGGCCGUAGGGGUGCUUGCAUGAGUGAUUUUGAAUUGAUACCCCGUCAUUGGUCGGAAGAGAGGCGACCGUUGGUGGAGCUAAUGGGAUGGUGCCACGUGUAGUGACCGUUGGAAGGUCUCUAUAAAUACCCCCUCAUCCCGAAGCCGUUUCCUCAUUUGCAUUUGCUGUUGUCGAAUUGCUGCCGAGAUUUCUAGAGAGAUAAAGUGCUUCCCAGAAAUUUUCAAGAGUUCUUCGGAUCUUCACCCACUCCAAGGUUAGGUUCUUGAAUUGUUCUUCCUUUUUCCUUUAUACUUUGCUUCCUAGGGGGUUAGAUCUAGUGUUUCUAGGAAAAAUCACUUUGAUCCUCGAACAACCCUUAGGACGUAGCAUAGUUGUUAUGCCGUUCCCUGACGGCCGUAGCGUCCCCUCCCCUCUUAACUUAACAGCUUCUUUAGACGAGUCGGACUGGCCUUUUGACGACGAGGACCCGUCUCCUGGGGUGAAUCUUGAGAUAGUUCGAGCGUUUGAAACAGAGAUGGAGAAUACUGCCGAUUACCGCACUUCUCAGGACGAGGACCGUCUGAAUGACGAUGCGGGUUCCCAACAAUCGGGCGAGGACGAGGCGAGCUCGGAACCCAAGCUUCGGGGAGACGAAGCGGGUGAUGCCUCUUCGGCCGCCAUCCCCUGCCCUCCACCUAUUUCGUCUGUGCCAGGUGGGGCGUCGUCUUCUAGGGUUACCAAGGAACGCGCGUCGCGUCGGAGGAAAGCUGCGGCUGGUGGGUUGUCCCAAUUGGACUUAACAAAUCUGUAUGUCAUAAGGCCCGAGGGCACCCGAGGGGACUAUCAUUUGGCUCAGCUGUAUGUUGGGCCUUAUGGAAAGGUGAGGGAGCCGAGGCCGACGGACCAUGUUCUGAAUCCUCCUCCUGGGUACUUCGGGGUUUAUCCGAUGGGGUUCUCUCAAGGAUUACGAUUUCCGCUGCCCCCUUUUGUGAUUGAGUAUCUGAAUAUGGUGGAUCUUCCCCCAGCGCUGUUGACCCCGAAUAGUUUCUCACUGAUCGUCGGGUUCCUCAUCCGAUGCGACGAGCUGGGUUUUGAGCCCACGACGGCGCUUUUCACAAAUUUGUUCCGGAUCGGCCGAGGGAGCCAUAAGAAUUGCGCUGGUUAUGCUACGCUUCAGCAACUCCCGGAGAAAAAAUCUUUCAAAGACCUCCCUUCGUCUAUCCAUGGGUGGAAGGCGAAGUUUGUAUUCGUGAAGUUGGCCGAUGGGGUUUUCUUUCCUUCGCAAGGGCAUAACGGUAAUUUUAGCCUGCAUAAUCCGCCACGAAGCGCUGAGCUCGAUGCCCAAGUUGAGGCAUUCCUAAAAGGUGGGCCGAGGAGUGUGAACACGUACAUUACUGAGUUCAAGAUUGCGGCUCUUGGGAUGAUGCGGUAUUACAUUCCUGGCGACCCGGAUUGUGGAUUGUGGCCUAGGAUUUCUGGCUCUUUUGAACAGGCCGAUGGGCCACUUCUUGGGAUUCCGGCCGAGGCCGAAGGUUACGAGAUGAGUCGCAAGAUGUUCAUGGCUCAGGCCAAGAAGCAGGUUGCAAAGGAGCUGGAGGCUGCCCAGCGAGCCGAGGCGUCCAAGGGUUCUGGCGACGGCUCUAAGGGUAUUGCUGAUGCGGCAAAAAAGCCUGUGGUGAAGAGGAAGAAGGCUGCCGAGGGGCAGCGUACUCUUACUGAGACGGGUCUGGUGCCGGCUGAAGGCGCCAAGAAGACGAAGCCGAACCCUCCCCCCAAUGACGCUGCUUUGGCCGACACGCAGGCAUCGGUCCAAGGGGGAGCUGCCUCUGAUGUGCACAUCAUCGAGGAUCUGACGUUGAACGUCGCCUCGUCCUCCCUAGUUCCUGCUAAGUCCGGGGCUGCUGCAAAGAAGAGUGCCCGCGCUGACCGAGACCUGACCUCCGGUCUUUAUGAGGUGACGGUGCGGUAUCUGCCGAAGGGCGGUUUAUUCAACGAGAAGGUUUCCGGGCACGACGUCUUGUUCCAGGCCAUUCCCGAUGCCGAUAGGGAGUACCUACGUCGGCAGAGCAAGGAUGUGCGCCUCUUUGAUGGUGGAUUGGACUACGUCGUCCAGGGUGCCUUUAUGCUCAUGGAGCAGCAGCGGCGGCAGGACGAGGAGCUUGCUCGCCUUCGCGAAGCUGAGAAGAAAGCCGCCUCUGCAGACGAGGCGCUGUCCCAGUUGGAGCGGCUUCGGGCUGAAACUGGCUCCUUGAAGGAGAGGGCCGAUGCGGCUGAGAAGAAAGCCGUUGCUGCCGAAGACGAGGCGAAGCGCCUCAAGGUUCAGUUGGACGAAGAAGCGGCUGCCCGUCGGCUAGCAGAGGAAAGAGCCGCGAAGGUAGAAGCCGAUGCGGCUGCGGCUGCUGACAGAGCCGUGGGGGUCUUCAUGGCCGAGGGUUGGAAGGACGAAGCCCGACGCGAUUGGACUUUUAACGUCAUGGCGGAGCGUUUCGAGGCGUGGUCUCAGGAGGAGGCUGGCCGAGCCCGCCUGAAAGAGGAGUUUGAAGUCUGGUACGACCUCGGCCAGAGGCGUAUGCAGAUGUUGGUUUACCGCCGCCUCCGCCGGCGUGUAAAGAACCUGAAGCCCAGGGGUAUCGGCCUUCCCCGGAUGAUGAAGGACCCCGAGGAGGAGCUGAAACUUCCUGUGUCCGAAAGGCAGCCCCCCAUCUUGAGCUCGGAUGAAGAGGACGAGCCCUGGACCGAGAGUGAUGAUUACCUCUUCCGGACCUCGACCAAGUCAAAAAAUACUGAGGAUGAGCAAGACGAUGCGGACAGCGGAGCCGUCGAGGGUGGCCAAGGACAAGCUGCUUAGUGUUUCUUGUACUUAGUUUUCUUUCCUUAUUUGUAGUAGUAGUCUUUGAUGGCCGAAGCGCCCUGAUGAUUGUAAUGGC